CCCUUGGCCCUGUCCCGGCCCCGCCUGCCCGGGCCCGGGCGGGGUUUGGGUCUGGCUGGGGAGAGUGAAGUCGGUGAACUCGAACUCGGAUCCCUGCGUGUCGGCGCCCAGCAGCUCGGCCUCCUCGGUGUCCAGGAAGGAUAAAGCCUGGAUCUGAAACAGCAUGUACCAGAUUUGCAGCUGUUAGGCUGAAAAGAUCUAGAUGAAGAUUGAAAAGCAUCCUUGUUUUAGGAAUUCUGUGCACCAAACACAGGAGAGGAAAGAACAAGUAAAGAGAACACAGGAAUCAUCACUUCUGCACACAGACUGUCUGAAUUAAUCUUUAGCUUUAAACCUCAAGGAAGAAUAGGCUGUAUCAGUAGUUUAUCAUAAAUGUAUCCUAAUACAGGCUUCAGAUUAAAGUAGGUUAAUCCAACAAGCUGCUAAAAUCAAAAGCACAAUGGAAAUUUGAUGAGUUAAGACUGUCACGUCAGCUCCAGUGUAACAUGGUGACAUCAAGACAACUCAGUGUAUACCAGUGCAUAAGUUCAUCAGUGUUACAAGGCAGUUUGAUUCCUAAAGCAACUGAACUAACACCCUCCGAAAGUUCGGCUGGAAAGCAUCCAUGGAUGAACUAAACUGGUUGCUUUAAGCAAACUGGAAAUUAAGUGGUUUGUAGUUCAGAGAAGAGCAUAACUGAGAAAAUAUGAAAUCCUACUUGAGGAUGAAAGCGGAAUUGAAGAAGACAGUUCUAAAGCCAGGCUGGGCUGCUGCAGAGAUGGCACUCUGCUCUGACUCAUUGGGCUCUACUGCUGUGCAGCCAAUAUGAAAUUUAAAAAGGUUCAGUUGCGGCUGUAAAAAGUAUUACUGAAACAAGUCAUGGAUUGGGAACUUAGUGAAGGAAAAGGAGGAAAAGAUCUUGACAUUUCUUCAGUGAUCCUGAAUGAAGAAGUACCAGGACUUUGAUUGUCUCAUCGUUCUACAUACACAUUUAUUUCUCCAUACAAAGCAAAUCUGACGUCAGCUGGUUCCAAGGUGAUCUCACAAGUGACCCUUGUCCACUCUUCAUUCCAUCCAGGAAUGACGUCCACCCCUCGUCCAGCAUCAGAGAAUAAGAACUUCAGAGGAAGGAAUGCAACUUCAUAAAUAGCAGACCACAGACACUAAUGGGGAGCAGAGGCAAACCUGCAGGUUAAGAUCCUUUGCAAGAGAAGCCCAUAGAUCCACACUGCCUGGAGAUUCAGAGAUGAUUUCAGCUCUAGCCUUCGUUUUCCUCCUCUGCAUCUCUUGCCCUUUUUCAUCAUGUCAGCAGCGAAGGGCUGGAGGUGAAGUUGGGCCAGAAAUGCUGGAAGAGAUGAGAGAAACUAACCGUGUGCUAAUGGAAGUGCGAGACUUGCUGAAACAGCAGAUUAAGGAGAUAACAUUCCUGAAGAAUACAGUCAUGGAGUGUGAUGCCUGUGGCAUGCACACCGAGGCCACAGGCCCUGUCAUCACCGUGACACAGUUUAACAGAUGCCUCCCAAACUCCUGCUUCCCUGGCGUGGCCUGCACCGAGACCGGCACCGGCUUCCGCUGCGGACCCUGUCCCCCGGGUUAUUCAGGCAAUGGCACCCACUGCACAGACAUCAAUGAGUGCAAUGCAAACCCCUGCUUCCCGAAGGUCCAGUGCAUUAACACCAGCCCUGGCUUCCGCUGUGAUCCCUGCCCUCCUGGCUUCACCGGCCAGAUGGUCGAAGGGGUUGGACUGGCCUAUGCGAGAGCCAACAAACAGGUUUGUACUGACAUCAAUGAAUGCGAGACAGGCGCUGCCAGAAACUGUGUCCCCAACUCCAUCUGCAUCAACACACGGGGAUCCUACAAGUGCGGGGCUUGUAAACCUGGCUUUGUUGGGGACCAAGUGAGUGGCUGCAAGAGCCAGUCAGUGAGACGCUGCCCUAAUGGAGAGAUCAGCCCGUGCCACGAGAAAGCAGAAUGCAUCGUGGAGCGCGACGGGUCCCUCUCCUGCGCGUGCCUCGUGGGGUGGGCAGGGAACGGCUACGUGUGCGGGAAGGACACGGACAUUGAUGGAGUCCCUGAUGAGAAGCAACGCUGCUCAGACAAAAAGUGCCGCAAGGAUAACUGCGUGACUGUCCCCAACUCCGGCCAAGAGGAUGCUGACAGGGAUGGAAUUGGAGAUGCUUGUGAUGAUGAUGCCGAUGGAGAUGGGAUAUUAAAUGCUGAGGACAACUGCGUGUACACGCGCAACACAGACCAGCGCAACGCGGACAAGGACAACUUCGGUGACGCCUGUGACAACUGCCGCCAAGUGAAGAACAACGAUCAGAAGGACAUUGAUGGUGACGGGAAGGGAGAUGAGUGUGACGAUGACAUGGAUGGAGAUGGGAUCAAAAACCCUGUGGACAACUGUAAAAGAGUUCCUAACCCUGAUCAGAAAGAUGCCGAUGGUGAUGGAGUAGGAGACAUGUGUGACAGCUGCCCCACAGUCAGUAACCCAGACCAGAAAGAUACCGACCAUGAUCUGGUGGGAGACGUCUGCGACACCAACCAGGACAGCGAUGGGGAUGGCCACCAAGACUCACGGGAUAACUGCCCAUCAGUGCCCAACAGCUCCCAGGUGGACACAGACAAUGAUGGGCUGGGAGAUGAAUGUGAUGAUGAUGAUGAUGAUGACGGGAUUCCAGAUGAGAAACCUCCAGGCCCUGACAACUGUCGGCUUGUCCCUAACCCUGGCCAAGAAGACUCGGAUGGUGAUGGUGUGGGAAACCUCUGUGAAGAUGACUUUGACAGAGACAUGGUGAUUGACAGGAUUGACGUGUGCCCAGAGAACGCAGAGGUGACCCUAACGGACUUCAGGGCUUUCCAGACGGUUGUAUUGGACCCUGAGGGCGAUGCACAGAUUGACCCCAACUGGAUUGUCCUCAACCAGGGCAUGGAAAUUGUCCAGACCAUGAACAGUGACCCCGGCCUGGCCGUAGGUUACACUGCAUUCAAUGGAGUGGACUUUGAGGGCACAUUCCACGUCAACACUGCCACAGAUGACGAUUAUGCUGGUUUCAUAUUUGGCUACCAGGACAGUUCCAGCUUUUACGUGGUCAUGUGGAAGCAGAUGGAACAGACAUACUGGCAGGCAAACCCCUUCCGAGCAGUAGCAGAACCUGGAAUUCAACUGAAGGCAGUGAAGUCUAAAACAGGCCCAGGGGAGUACCUCCGCAACUCCCUGUGGCACACGGGGGACACCACGGACCAGGUCAAGCUGCUCUGGAAGGACCCUCGCAACUCCGGCUGGAAGGACAAGACCUCGUACCGCUGGUUCCUGCAGCACCGGCCCCAGGUCGGGUACAUCAGAGCUCGUUUCUAUGAAGGACCUGAAGUAGUAGCAGACACUGGAGUUGUCCUUGACACCACCAUGCGAGGAGGCCGCCUGGGAGUCUUCUGCUUCUCCCAGGAGAACAUCAUUUGGUCCAACCUGCGUUACCGCUGCAACGACACCAUCCCAGAAGACUAUGAAACAUUCAGAGUUCAGCAAGACUAAGGCCUGAUGUCAGGAUGUGUCCAGCCAGCCUUGCUUUCAGCCCCUGCUCAGCUGCCCCACUAUCGCUCCCGUAGCCCCUGUGAGGAACUGUAAGUAACGUUACCACUGCGGCAUCACCCAGCAUCUCCCCUACCGCAGCAGCUGGCUUACACGCUCCAAACCCUGCUGGCACGGCCGUGGUGUAGCCAGCGAGUGUGGACAGAGCCCGAGCUGCUGUAAACACGAGCUCUCUACACACCGUGGAUGCGCUGAGAAGCUGCUUGCUGUAGCUGGAAUUGAGUCAGUCUCGCGUGGAUGAUUCCCAGGGGUUAUUUUCCCUACUCAAAGGCUCUCAAGUGUGAAUGUUUGUUUUCCUUGUCAAGCAAACCCAGCGCCAGUCUGAAAAGGACACAGGGAGCAGCCCAUGUACAAGUUGCUCACAAAACAUUAAAAAAAAGCACUUUAAGGAGAGUGUCUUUGUUCUGGAAUGUUGGAUAAUAAAUACUUGGAAUGUUGGAUAAUAAAUACU